CCGAGCGCCGAGCCCGUCCCGCGGCCCCGCCGGAGCUCUCGGCCUCGGCGGCGCGUCCCGAGAUGAGCAGCCCCGAUGCGGGCUACGCCAGCAGCGACGACCAGGCGCAGGGGCGGUGCUCGCUGCCCAUCAUGAUGCCGGCCGUGGGCCCCUGCCCGUGGGCAGAGUCGCUGAGCCCGCUGGGCGAGGCGAAGGCGAAGGGCGAGGCGGCGCCGUCGGGGGCGGCGGGCGGCCGGAGCAAGAGCGAGGCGCGGAUCCGGCGGCCCAUGAACGCCUUCAUGGUGUGGGCGAAGGACGAGCGCAAGCGGCUGGCGCAGCAGAACCCGGACCUGCACAACGCCGAGCUCAGCAAGAUGCUGGGUAAAUCGUGGAAGGCGCUGUCGCUGGCGGAGAAGCGUCCGUUCGUGGAGGAGGCGGAGCGGCUGCGGGUGCAGCACAUGCAGGACCACCCCAACUACAAGUACCGGCCGCGGCGGCGGAAGCAGGUGAAGCGCCUGAAGCGGGUGGAGAGCGGCUUCCUGCAGCACGGCCUGGCGGAGGCGGCGGGGCCCGGGCUGGGCAGCGAGGCCGCCGGCGGCGGCGGCGGCAGGAUGUGCGUGGAGGGCCUGGGCCUGCCCUACGCCGAGCAGGGCUACGCGGCGGGCGCGGGCCACUACCGGGACUGUCCGCCGCUGGGCGCCGCCUUCGACGGCUACAGCCUGCCGACGCCGGACCCGUCGCCGCUGGACGCGGCGGAGAGCGAGGCGGCCUUCUUCGCGGCGGGGCUGCAGGAGGAGUGCGCGCUGGUGCCCUACGGCUACGCCCCGCACCCGGCGGCCGAGUACGCGCCGGCGGCGGCCGAGAGCCCGGCGGGCGCCGCGCUGCGCCGGCACCUGCCGCCCGGCGAGGCGCUGGGGCCGGGCGGCUCGCUGCAGGGGCUGCUGGGCUGCCCGGCGCCGCUGCACGCCUACUACGGGCAGGCGUGCCAGCCGCCGGGCCCGGGGCGCGGCCCGCCGCUGCCGCCGCCGCCGCUGCCGCCGGGGGCGGUCGGGCAGCCGUCGCCGCCGCCCGAGGCGGCGCCGUGCCGGGAGCAGCUGGAGCACUUGCCGCAGGAGGAGCUGCUGGGCGAGGUGGACCGCACCGAGUUCGAGCAGUACCUGCGCUUCGCCUGCAAGCCCGAGCUGGGGCUGUCGUUCGCGGGCCACGACGCUGCCGGGCUGCCGGCGCCCGAGGGCGCGGGGCCCGUCUCCUCGGCCGUGUCGGACGCCAGCAGCGCCGUCUACUACUGCGGCUACCCCGACGUGUGAGGGACUCGCUCGGGGGCGCGCCGCGGACUGGCAGGGAGGCGCCCGGCCCCGCUCCGCUCCUAUUUAUGUAAUUUAUUUGAAUCUUGAGAACUGACAGGGUGUCCGUGACCUGCUCGAGGUUUAAAAGGCGACGCGCGGUCUCGCUGUCUAUGUUGUCCAGGUCUUACCAUCGCUGUCCUACAGUGACGUGUAAAACUGUUCCUGCUGUGGAAUCGUGAUACUAGUUACACAUGUGGAAUACAAUUUCUGAGAUCUUAUUCAAGAUCCAUAUGCUUUUGUAAUGUUGUACAGAGUGCUGGUUUUUAUAUGUUGGAUUUGUACAGAAUAAUUUUGCACUUUUACAAAUAAAGGGGAAAUAAUAAAACUGG